AUGUGAACACGUUUUCCUUCCUUCACGCGAAAAGAAAGUGAGGAAACGCCCAAGCUAGAAACCUCCCGGAAGAAAGUAAUCUCCGUUCCCGUCUGCAGAUCUCACUCGUAAAAAUGACGACUUCGAGGCGCCUUGCACAUCGGAAGGUGGAGAAGUUUGAGAAGAACAUUACAAAGAGAGGAGCGGUGCCUGAAAUGAGUACAAAGAAAGGAAAUGACUACCCGGUUGGGCCACUAGUCCUAGGGUUCUUCGUCUUUGUUGUCAUUGGAUCUUCUUUAUUUCAGAUAAUCCGGACGGCAACUAGUGGUGGAAUGGCGUAAACUUAUAUUGGAGAGAAGCUCUAGCUACGGGAUACAUUCUUAAUGGAAAUUUAUCAUUUGCUGUCAUGGUCAGUGUGAUUUUUCCAUUAGCAUUAAGGUAGGAAAUCUUGGUAAUCACAGGAGUUAACAAAUUUGUAUUAGUGGAUCUUUGGUUCUUCUGGGAGCCAAAUAUUAUAUGAAUAAGGUCAUCUUUAGUUAUUAUA